AUGGCUGGUAAAAGAACUCGAGCCGCCUUCGAGGCCGAUCUACAGGCGCAGCAGUCACCCUACGCUCUUUACGGAACUCCUCUUCCACCCUUAGAUGCCGGCGUCCGUGACGAUGGCUCCUACGCGCCCAUCUGGAAGCAAGAAGUGACCGAUGACCGGGGAAGAAAACGCCUACAUGGCGCCUUCACCGGUGGAUUCAGUGCCGGGUACUUCAAUACUGUCGGGUCGAAGGAGGGAUGGACCCCUGCAACCUUCGUCUCAUCACGGCAGAACCGUGCCAAGGACAACCGGAAACAACAGAUUGAAGAUUUUAUGGAUGAGGAGGAUAUCCGGGAAGCAGAAGAAGCAAAGACGGUUUCCACAAGUAAUGACUUUGCAGGGUUUGGCACGACCGAUGCCGAAUUGGCGCGCCGCGGGGGUUUGAUGGACCUUCUCAGAACCACCGGGGAAACCAUGGGAGUGAAACUUUUGAAGAAGAUGGGGUGGAGGGAAGGUCAAGGUGUUGGUCCUAAAGUGCGACGACGCGCCAAUCUAGGUGACGGCACCACGCAGGGUGGUGAGGAUGCCAACAAGACGUUUAUGUUUGCCCCGGAGAAUCCGCCAAUGGUGGCCUUCAUCCACAAAACCGAUCACAAGGGACUUGGCUUCCAAGGGGAGGCCCGCCUUGACGCUCGCGCGUUGACACGCGGUGACUCGGACGGCGAGGAAGAUGACUCCUUCUUUGGCAAACGACUCAUAGCCCCAGGAAAGCCUAGACAGCCCAAAGUCAAGGAAACUCGUCGCGGAGGCUUUGGCGUUGGAGUGCUCAACGACACUGGGUCAGAUGACGAAGACCCAUAUUCGAUGGGGCCUCAAAUUUCUUACAAUCGUGUCAUUGGGGGAGACAAGAAGAAGAAGAAAAAGGCAAAGUCCAUUGAAGACGCAAAACCAGUCACGGGAUCCUCGAAUCCUCUGAUAACCAAUAAACCGAUUUAUAUUCCCAAGAAGGUUCUCGCGGCCAAAAGCUCGAGUGGCUUCAGGAAGUGCCACGAUGGCCGUUUGCCGCUGGAAGGAUUUCUGCUUGUCGAUGGCAUCUCCAACAUGACUAUCUCUACCCAAGAAAAGAAGUAUGCGGCCCCUGAAAUACCGGCAGGCUGGAAAUCCAAUAAAACCCCGACUCAAAAACAAGACGUAUCGAAUUAUGUUUCCACGGCAGAGGCAGCUAAGGUCUCAACUCUGGACCCAGCCGCUCGAGCUGCGCUUUUGGGCGAGGCGCAGUUACCAGGGAAAUCUAUAUUCGACUGGCUGACCCCAGAAGGUCGAGAGCGAAUUGCGAAGUUGACCGGGAAGACAGACUUACCGCCAGCCUUGAGUGAGAAGGCGCCAAAGGGCUACGAGCUCUCCGAGGCGCAGAAGCGUAAAGACUUGUGGGACUUAGUGCCGAAACUAGAUAAGCAGGUGGCUGUUCAGGCUUUGACCCGAGCGGCAAGUGGCUGGAUGCCAUAUUCGGAAGACCUGGAGAAAAGAAAACGCUAUCGAACCUUCCUCGAGGUACGAGCUGGGCUUCGAGAUACAAUGCCUGAUCGAGUCCCAGGGUCCACUACAGAUGAAUGGGCCCUGGAGCUGGACGAGUUCGCCCGAGCUGCAGAGGUCUUCAAACCCAUGUCGGGGUCGAUGGCAUCGCGUUUUACUUCGGCUUCAUCUGGCCCGAGAGAGUCGUCCGAUAAAGUCGAUGCAUCAUCGGCUGAUCCGCUCCUCAGCAAGCCUGCCGCAAAGCCUGAGGACCCUGCAGUAGAGGCUGCCCGGAUUGGCAUGUUCGGCCCGAUGACUCGAAGCACUAUAUCACUCUAUCCCACGCGCCUGCUGUGUAAGCGAUUUAACGUCAAGCCUCCGGAUCACGUUCAGAUAGAUCCUGGAGAAGCAAGCGGACGCACGGAUGCCCCGCCAUCUGGCGGGCGCUUCCAGUCCGCUGGGUACCAGAAUGUUCCAGGACCUAGAGAAUUGGUGUCGCGCGAAGUCAUGAAUCAGCUUAUGAUUGACGCCGGCCGAGGUGGAUCUCUUACGUCUGGGGCAGAAGAUGCAUCGUCGGCGCAAGCAGCGUCGGUGGUCCUUCGCGAGCCUGUGGUCAUUGAGCCGGAACGGAACGAAGCUUUGGAGGCGGAGCGGCCAGGAGAGGCGGUAUUCAAGGCUAUCUUCGGUAGUGAUGACGAGGAUGAGGACGACGAACUAAGCUGA